AUGGCGGCGCAGCGAAGGGGUAGGGUGGAUGGUGGCAAGGAGGAGCUGGGUUCGGGGCACCAGGAGUCGGAGCUACUGUUGCACCCGGAGCUACUCUCGGAAGAGUUCCUGCUGCUCACCCUGGAGCAGAAAAAUAUACUAGUUGAAAAUGAUGUCAAGAUGGACAAAGAUGGUCUCACUGAUCUCUAUAUUCAACAUGCCAUUCCUCUGCCUCAGCGUGACUUGCCAAAAAGUAGAUGGGGAAAAAUGAUGGAAAAGAAAAGACAGCAAAAUGAGUUGAAAAGUGAGAACAAAAGUGUUACAACAGUAGAAGGUUUAAGGAAGCGGCCACUAAUUGUAUUUGAUGGCAAUUCAACAAGUACAAGCAUAAAGGUGAAGAAGACAGAGAAUGGAGCUGCAGAUCGCCUAAAGCCUCCGCCAGCUGGAAGCACCACCAACACUGUUAGAAGAUUAUCAGUUCCUUCAAACGCCUCCACAUACAUUUCUGCUUCCAGUUUAUCAGAGGACACUAAACCAGGAAUGAGGAAUAAUGAGGCUAAGCAGAACAAUAUUUCAAAGACUAACAGCAAUGUGUUGAAUAGUCUGAAAGCUUAUCCUUUGUCUCCAGUAGCAGGAACUACUGUUGUGAAGUUAAAGAGAGCUGUUCCAAAAGAAGAAUCUGAUCUGCCGAAUGAUCUAAAGCCUACAGAAGCGAAGAAGAAAAUCCAGCAUGUUACAUGGCCAUGAAGUAGCUAAUGGUGCUUGAAACAUAAAUGUCACUUCCAUAUUUUCAAACAGAUAAGUCAUAUUUAAACAGUAUACGUACAAUUAUUUUUAAACUUUACAGGGAUACAGAUUGCUGUGAAGUUUUAACAAGUUUAAAAGUUCCCUGUUGUAAAUCUCGAUGGUCAAUAUCACCACCUUAAGAGUGUCUACUCUUACACACCAGGUAGUUCAUUACUUCUUUAAAAAGUGGUAAUAUUACAAUAUACUAAAAUCCUCACUUCCAGUUUUUGAGAUUAUUCUAGUUCAUCUCCUGCAUGUCAUUAUGAUUCACACAUAAAUUUUUUGUUUGUUUGUUUCAGUAAGACUCAGUUUUAUUCCACUGAUUAAAUAAAUUUAACCCUAAAUUUAGGUUAGACGUUAGGAAGAAGUUCUUCACUGUAAGGGUGGUGAGAUGCUGGAACAGGUUGUCCAAAGAGGUGGUGGAAGCCCCAUCUCUGGAAGUUUUUAAGGCCAGGCUGGAUGUGGCUCUGGACAACCUGUCUGCGCCCACUUCAGGGAGGUUGGAACUAGAUAAUCCUUGAGGUUCCUUCUAACCCUGACAAUUCUGUGAAAUAGUUAAAAACGUUGUUGAGAUUCAGAGCAAUCCCAAGAGCCUUUUUGGGUCUAAAAAGAUAAUUUAGAUGAAAAAACUUGACCAUUCUGCUGAUAAAAUAGUCUGAGAGAAAUUUUUUUCUUUUUUGUUGCACAAAACAGGAGUGUAGAAUUUACAGUGCAAGUUAAGAUGGUAAUAAGAGAUGAACUUUUAACAGCAUUACUUCAAAUUGAAGUUUCUCUUAUUGAUGUAUGAAAUAAACACAGAUGGAAACGUUACUAGACUGCUUGAUAUGAAUCUUUGAGAGGAAGUAGUGAAUGGAAAAGUGCCAUGUUCUCUUGAGGUACACAGGCAUAAAAAUGUGCUGGCCUAGCAAACUUGCCUGUUUGCCUGGUUACAGUCGUGUUUAUAAAAUAUGGAGAAAACCUUUGGAAUGCAGGCCAGUACUUUCUCAACUUACUAACAGUUGGAGAGGGACAGGGAUAGGAAGACAAAGACGUACCUUGAGAGCAUUAGUGUAUGUAGUUGCACUCUCAAAGAAACCCCCAACCUGUUUUUCCAUCCUUUGGUAAUUUAAGAUGGAUUUUGGUUUUGUGUGAAACUUGGUGUUUCAUCUGGAUUACUGGUAGUGCCUUGUAAGGCAGCAAUCCAGUUGAGUUGGUGAAAACAUUUUUAUUAAAUCUCAGUGACUCAGAGUGAAGCCAGUUUAGAUACAUUUUUGAUGUGGAUGGUAAAUAAUAAUAACACUCCCAGACUUAGUAAAACAAAACAAGAAGAAUCAGCUUCUGAAUCUGCUUAGUUAACUCACUAAGAGAAGCUGUCAGUAGUGAUCUGAAAGCUUGUUUACAUUUUUAACACUGGUUAAUACUGAAACCAAAAAACCUGUAGCUUAAUUCAUUACUGACAAUUUUUCAUUCACUGUAACAAGAUAAAAGGCACUUCUUGAAUGCUGUAAAGUGUUAAGAAUGUGUGUUUUGAAGUAUUGUGUGCUGUUUCCCUUUUACUAAACGUGCAGUUUUUGUACUUGAGUACAGC